AUGGAGAAGGCAGCUCCCACCCAAACCCCGGCAUCCGAUGUGGAGGCCCCAGGCGCCCCCGUCAAGCAAUCCAGCGUCCUGCAGAAAUGGCAACAGAACCUGUCCACCACCCACGCAGACCUCGUCUGUCUCCUCCUCUGCUUCCUGACAGGACUAUGUGACAGCAGCGCUUACAACGCUUGGUCCUGCUUCCUGGGCAUGCAAACCGGAAACACCAUCUUCCUCGGUCUCGGAGCCUCAAACCAACCAUCCAGCAAGCCAUGGGGCUGGCUGAAGUCCCUGGUCUCAAUCCUAUCCUUCUUCUUCGGCGCCAUGAUCUUCUCCAUCUCCAUGCGCAGCGUCGGCGCCCUCCGCCGAGGAACUCUCUUCGUCUCCUUCUUAGUCCAGAUGCUUCUCAUCAUCAUCGCCGUCGCCCUUAUCGAAGCAGAUCUCAUUCCCCACACCUCUAGCGACGCCGCGCUGGACGGUGGCCCCCUGUUCCUCGAGUUGAUCCCGAUCGGUCUGCUGGCUUUCCAGUCUGCGGGUGGUAUGACGUGCAGUCGCGCGCUUGGAUACAAUGAGAUCCCCACUGUGGUUUUGACUAGUGUCUACUUUGACAUCGCGUCGGAUCCUAAGAUCACCGAUAAGCCAACUGCCAACGUGAAGCGCAACCGUCGCGUGGGCGGGGUUGUGGCCUUGCUUAUUGGUGCUAUCGUUGGUGGUUGGUUGAGUCGCAGCAGUGGUGGUAUGGAGUCUGCGCUUUGGAUGGCUGCUGGAUUGAAGUUUGUUGCUGCCUUUGGGUGGCUUUUCUGGAAGGCUGCGCCGGCCAAAUAG